CUCAUCACGUGUUCAGGUCUGUGAAUCGCAGCAGCAGCUUUGUGCGUCUCUUUCUGUGUGAGCGAGAGAGAGGCUCAGGGCUGCACUCCUCCAAGGGCUUCUCGUACUCUCUCUCAGCACACAAUCACACGCACAGACACACGCGCGCGCGUCCCGUGCAUCCAGACAGAGGGCUUUCACCAUCCCAGACACGGCGUCUGCUGCCCGGCGGAGCGCUGACACUUCCGUCUGGGGGGAUUUUUACCGUGAUUUGCAACAGCAUGCGCCCGCCGAGGAACACUUGAUCCCAAGGUUGAGCCGAGCGCAGCUAAUGCAGCAGGAGACGAGGAGGAAUGGAUCACAGAGAGCGAAGGAUGAACGCUUUCCCCAUCGUCAUUGGAGGAUGCUCCGCGCUCCACAGCAGGACGUGUUAGAGUUCGGUGGAUGCUAGUGGUUGUGUUCUGCGCGCUGGUCAGAGAGGAGAAAUGAGGCCUCUUCUGAAGAACAGCCUUGAAUAUUUCCCUCACUGAGGAUGUGCGAUGAUUUCGACUCUGCACAACCGCUUCUGAGGUCACUUCUUCUCUAGACGCUUUUAUACCUCAGGGUUGACUAUCAAAACUCAUAAGUGUCUGUGUGCUUCCCUGUCGAGCACUGCUGGAUUCGAGACCAGUUUUGCUUCGCUGCAUCCGGAGUGCAAAACUGCUGAACCAUCGCCCUCCAUGGUUUCUGCCCAUUUCAAAAAGCUAUCGUCUUACAUUGUAAAGAUUUGCAAAGGAAUGUUUACAAAGAAACUGGCAACUACCACCAAGAAGAAAGAGAGCAGCGAAAACAAAAAAGAACCCAAAUCGACGUCCCCUGAAUUGCACGCUCGCAACCCGACGUUCUCCACCACACUAAAAAGCACAGUUAAAAAAAUCUCCAAAUGCUCAUCCACACGCAAUAUAUCUCUUGAAGAGGAUGACGGCAAAACCGACUGUUCUUCUCUCUCGCCAACAUUCAGUUACCGCGUAGCAAUUGCCAACGGACUGCCCAAAAAUGCCCUGUUUCUGAACAAUGAAUUUCAUGAGGUCUUGUCAAUUGAUAGCGAUUACUCUGACUCUCUGAACGAGGCAAAACUUGUCCAUAGAUUCGAUGAACAAAAAGCUUACACGAUGCCAGUAAGAAGGAAUCGGAAGAGUUUGAUUAGUUUGGCGCCCUCCGAUGGCAGCUCGGAGGGGGAACGUGGAGAGCGCAGCAGUCUCCACACCCUCCGAUUGGGCGCCUUGAAAAAGCUAAGGAAAUGGAAGAAGAGCCAAGAAUGCGUGUCCUCAGACUCGGAGGCCAGCAAUUGGAGAAAAACUCUUGGCAUUCGAAGCAAAUCUUUGGACAGGGCCGGCCGACACCAGAAAACCACUACCCUGGAGCCAGGAUCUAGCUCCACGGGAUGCAUCAGUCAGACUCAGGAUGUGAUGGAGAUGAUUUUCAAGGAGCUUCAGGGAAUCAGUCAGAUCGAGUCCGAGCUCUCAGAACUGCGAGGGCAUGUAAACGCCCUCAAAAGCUCCAUCGAUGAGAUCUCCAGCAGUGUGGAGGUGGUGCAGAGUGAAAUCGAGCAGCUCCGUUCAGGUUUCGUGCAGUCCAGACGCGAGACUCGAGACAUUCAUGAUUACAUCCGACAGAUCAGCCAACAGAGCAACAAAGCUACUCUGAGAUUUCUAAAUGUGCCUGAGGAGAAGUACGAAAAAACCGAAGAACUUAUCUAUCAGAUCCUAAAAGAGAAAAUGGGUUUCAUUGAUGCACGUAAGGCAUUUAAAAUUGAACUAGCCCAUCGGCUGGGGCAACAAAGAGAAUGUUACAAUGCUAAACCACGACCAAUUAUAGUUAUAUUUGCAAGCCCGCAAGACAGAGAUUUAGUUUUGAAAAAAUGUUAUAAGCUUAAAGGGACUGGAAUAUCCAUCUCCACUGACAGUCUAGCACACGACUCGAAAGAAAAGAGAGAAAAGCCGAUAGCUUCAUCUCAGACAUACGAAAGCAUGGACAUCAAGGUCUCGGCUAAAGACAAGGCUGAAAGUGAUGACUGGGACUCCAUGGAAAGCGACAAAGAGCUUGAUGAGUUAAACAAGAACAAAUAUGCAAUUGUGUCCAAACCACUUCCAAAAAGUAAAUCGGACAAGAAAAAAUCCCACGAUCACAGAAGAAUGGGUGAUGACUCUCCAUAUUCUGUACACUAUGCGGAUAACACAGCCUACGAUGACCCCGACAAGCAAAGCAAGUCCUACUACUCUGACAUUACACCUGGAUGGCUGUCUCAGAGCGACUACUCCACUCCCAAACUUAGCCGAUCUGAAUCAGACUGCUCUAAACUUUGCCAGUCUUACUCUGAGGACUUCUCAGAGAGUCAGUAUUUCACCAGAGUCAAUGGCUGCUCUUUGCUUUCGUCCUCAGAUCAGGAGCUUUGGCAGCGUAAGCAAGAAGACAUGGCGUCCUCCUGGUACGCCAGUCCCCCCAGUCAAACUCUGAGCCAAGAUCGACCUUAUGUGGAACAUAAUGAAGUUGAAACCACAGAGACUAUUGACAGUGGUGUAAGUAAUGGUCUUGUUUGCAUAUCAGGAGACAGGAGCCAUUACAGCGGCUCCCAGCUAUCGCUGCAGGGUGACCUCUCGCCAUGGAAAGACUGGCAUCACCUUGAACAAGGUGCUGAUUCAGGUUUGGAUGCCUCAACUGAACAGAACAUAAUCUCUGAAAUCAGUAGCCCAUUUGACCCAGCAGCUAACCCUGGUUUCCCUGAAAAAAUUAUUAAGUGUCUUGAGGUUGAUUUGCAAUUUGAAGGUGAGACGUUCUUGACACUAGAUAGCACUCCUGAGACAGGAGACCAAGAUAUAGACAUGGAGCCUGAGUUUUUAGAACCUGAGUUAGAACCUGAAGUUGAGGCUGUGAUUGAACCAAUGAUUAAACAAGAACGAGAACCAAUGCCACAGCCAGAACCUGAACUAGAACCUGAACUAGAACCUGAACCAGAACCUGAACCAGAACCUGAACAAGAACCAGAACCAGAACCAGAACCAGUGAUUGAACCCAUUCCAAAACCAGUACCAGUAUCAGUAUCUAAACCUGUGGUUGAACAGCAAACCGAAAAGAAGCCUAAAACCAAGAAGAUCCAAGCUAAACCUGAAUCAGCUCCACAAACUUUGCAGCGACAAGAUGUGAACCACCACCUCCAGCAGAACCAGAAAUCCUCAGCUAUGUACCGGAGCCAGAGUGAGAUUAGAAAUGAGAAGGUUGAGGAUGUCCCCAAAUCCUGGAGUAGCAGGCUCAGCAUCGACCUCAGCGAGAAAACCUUCGGCUUUGGGGGAUUUGGAUCCACCCUGCAAAGAGCAAAGUCAGCUUUGGAUUUUGUGUGGAAUAAAGGUUCCCAGAGUACUAGCGCACCGGUUGAAGAAACCAGCAACACCUCGUUCAUGGGCCGGUUCAGAACCACAUCCACAGCCAAUAGCUCCAGUACAACCAUUGAUUCUGACGUCUACACAGAACCUUUCUAUUACAAGGCAGAAGAAGAGGAACAACAACAGCAACAACCUGCUGAGCAACCUGUGGACAAUGAAACGCAUUAUGUUGAGGUGAUGGAACAAGUGCUAGCCAAUCUGGAAAACAGAACAAACGCAAACGAACCCGAGGAACAGUACCAAGAAGAGGAAUACAAUGUCUCACAGGAGUAUGAUCUCUCUCAAGACGCCAACCUUGUACUGGAAUAUGAUUGCAGCCUCGAUGAACAGUAUGAUGAGGAAUACAGUGAGGACUACGAUGACAAUCCUAUGACUGAAGACACAGCAGAAUAUGAGGUUAGUUUAGUGGAUUAUGUUGAAGAAACCGAGGAACCGGAAGCAGAGACAGAGGAACAGGAGGAGGUCAAAGAGGAGGUGCGGGAGGUUCAGGAAACAUCUGAAAUUAAAGGAGAAGAUGUGGUAAAAGAGACCGUAGAGCAAGAGGAUGAGAAUAAAAAUGUUACAGAGGUUCCUGUGCAAGAAGCACCACCCAAAAAAAGGAUACGUCCCACAUUCAAAGAGGCAGCACUGAGAGCUUACAGGAAGCAGAUGGCGGAGCUGGAGCAGCAGAUCCUGGCAGGAGACAGCACGGCUCUGGACACGGAGGGUCGUGCCAAUAUUCUGGACCCAGCCAAACUGGGGCUGACCGGCGGAGGGGUUGGCAGUAUACUUUACGGCAUUGACAGCAUGCCAGAUUUACGUCGCAAGAGGACCAUGCCUAUUGUCCGAGACCUGGCUUUGACAUUGGCUGCUCGAAAGGCAGGCAUUGCGUUUGGGCUGGUGAACAGAUCGACUCUGAACAACGAGGAGCUGAAACUGCACGUGCUCAGAAAGACCCUGCAGGCGCUGAUCUAUCCCAUCUCCUCCACCACGCCACACAAUUUCGAGGUGUGGACGGCCACGGCGCCUACAUACUGCCACGAGUGUGAGGGUCUGCUUUGGGGAAUCGCUCGCCAGGGCAUGAGAUGUAGCGAAUGCGGAGUCAAAUGCCAUGAGAAGUGCCAAGACCUCCUGAACGCAGACUGUCUGCAACGUGCAGUAGAGAAGAGCUCGAAACACGGAGCCGAGGACAAAACCCAGAACAUCAUCAUGGCCAUGAAGGAGCGCAUGAAGAUCAGGGAGAAGAACCGGCCCGAAGUGUUCGAGGUCAUUCAGGAGAUGUUCCAGCUCUCGAAAGAGGACUUUAUCACUCAUCUGAAGACCGCCAAACAGGCUGUGCUGGAGGGAACGUCCAAGUGGUCCGCCAAAAUCACCAUCACAGUUUUAUGUGCUCAAGGUUUGCAAGCCAAAGACAAGACGGGCUCCAGCGACCCCUACGUCACGGUACAAGUGGGAAAGACCAAACGCAGGACCAAGACCGUGUUCGGCAAUCUCAACCCUGUCUGGGACGAGAAGUUCUUCUU